AUGAGUGUGAUUCUCUGUACUGCGGGAUACGACCAUAUUAUCCGCUUCUGGGAGGCCCUCUCCGGCAUCUGCUCGCGAACAAUCCAACAUCCAGAAUCGCAAGUCAACCGAUUAUGCAUUACUCCGGACAAACGGUUUGUCGCCGCUGCCGGCCGUCACCGUGUCUAUCUUUAUGAUAUCAGAUCUACAAACCCGAACCCAGUGAUGAAAUUUGAUGGCCACACGAAUAAUAUUACUGGGGUCGCGUUCCACUGUGAAGGGAAGUGGAUGGUUACAAGCUCAGAGGACUGUUCGGUGAAGGUGUGGGACGUACGUUCUGGGACACUGCAGCGAAAUUACACACACAAGGCGCCCGUGAAUGAUGUGGUGAUCCAUCCGAACCAGGGUGAACUGAUUAGUGGGGAUGGGUCUGGCUAUAUCCGAGUUUGGGAUUUGGGUGAGAGUAGGUGUACGCAUCAGCUUAUACCAGAGGAAGAUGUUUCUGUGGCCAGUGUUAGCGUUGCUAGUGAUGGCUCCUUGCUCUGUGCUGGGAAUAAUAAGGGAAAUGUAUACCUCUGGCGAAUGCUUCAAAAUCAAGAUGAAACGAGUAUUGUUCCCGUUGCAACUUUCCAGGCUCAUAAAGAUUACCUUACCCGAGUACUACUCUCGCCGGACGUCAAGCAUCUAGCUACCUGUUCGGCAGACCACACAGCCAAAGUAUGGUCACUUGACCCGGAGUAUGCCCCAGCGAAGAUGGCAGCGGCUGCUAGGGAGAAAGCCGGUGAGAGUGGCCAGAAAAGUGCCCCCAACGGACCGGAAGCAAACGGGAAGACUCCGGGGAAAAUAUCAUCAAAGCUCAGGACGGAAUGGAAUGGAAAAGGAUCACCAGCGAGCUCUGCGGUUAUUACAUCCGGCGGCAGUACUGAAAUAUCAGCCUCUGAACUUAUCCAGGCUGACAGCUUCGUGUCAGAUACGCCAUUUGUUUCGUUACUUGACGGGCCGCCUAUGGAUCCUACAACCAAUACCCUCUAUCUCGAGACAACAUUAGCAAGUCAUCAGCGCUGGGUAUGGGACUGCGCGUUUUCGGCCGAUUCAGCAUACCUGGUGACGGUGUCUAGCGAUCACUGUGCCCGUCUGUGGGAGCUUUCAUCGGGUCAAAUCAUCCGUCAAUACCAGGGCCACCAUCGAGGUGCUGUAUGUGUGGCCCUGAAUGAUUAUUCAGAGCCGCGGUGA